CGGACCUGAGUUUUGCUGGGGCCAAAGAUACCACAUUCCCCUGAAGCUCACUUACUAAAAACACCUACAACGGCUGCGCAUCGCCAACUCACCAAAUUGAUUCUCAGGAAUCAGGCACAGCGUUCGCCAUGGCCCCCUCCAAGAGAAGCGGGAAACAAAAGGCAUCUGCCGCAUCCAAUUCCUCCAGCACCAAUGGCAGCUUGGACCCCCCAGCGCCGUUCAAGCGGCCUCCGGAGGUGCUGGAGCCCUUCAUCCAGGAGCUCUCUCAGAAGCACAUCUACAUCACGCACAUCGACGCCAAACCCGCCGCCUUCAAGCGCAAGAUGUUCCUCGUGCCCGUCACUCUGAACGUGAGCGUCGCCAUUCUUUUCGUCUGGCGCAUGUACUCCAUCCUCCCCUGGUACUGGAAACUCUUCAUGUCGGGCUUUGGCCACCCCAACGAGAUGACGUUCCCCUUUCAUGAGGCGUCUUGGUCGGAGCUUUCCUGGGAAGUUUGGAAGCGCGGCAUCGUCAUGUUCAUCGACUUUGUGCUGUUCGUCUUCGUCUGGCCGUGGCCUGUCGAGUUUACGCUCGGUACCGCACACGGAAACCCGACGCGGUGGCGAUGGAACGUGGGCUUUCGGGACAAGGAGAUUUACGUCCGCCGCAGCCGUGACUGGGACAAGAUGCUACGCGACAUCUUCAAGGAUGCCGACUCGAAGAAGAUUUUGCUUGCCUAUACCCAGCAAGCGACGUCGCCCAUGCUCCAGGAGCAGAAGACUGGCUAUCUCCUCAUGAAUGAUAAGUGGGAUCUGGACUGGAACUGCAUGGUCCUCGCCCACAAACUUGUCGACAAGAAGGACGUCGCCCUCGAGGCGUUUAGGAAUGUCAUUUUGGUGUAUCACCAGGACUACGGCUGGAUUUGCCACGAUCUUAAGCUGGCCAUAUCAGCCGAGGAGGACGAAAAGAGGAGGCAAGUUUUCGCCUUUCGGGAUGCCCUUACAGCCAUGGGUAAAGAGAAUCUGUUUUUCCGGUGGAUCGAGAUUGUACAAUUUGAAUCAACUCAGCCAGGGGGAUUCGGCCCGGAGAAGCAAGAAGCAGCGGCCAAGCAGAUUCGCGAGCUCUUUGAAGCUGAAAACAUUAACUUUGAUGAUUUAUGGAAGGAAACAGUUGGCACAAAGGCGUGA